AUGUCUAGUUUUUCAUUAAACACAAGUAUUUUUGAAGAAACUCAUAAAGAAGACACACAAUUGCAAACUGAUCUUUCUAGUUUGCAAUUUCAAUAUUUAGAUCAAGAAAAUAUUAAUUUAUCAACUUUAGAUAAUUCUGAAAUUUUAGAAAUUUCAGAAAAUAAUCUUUUAGAAAAUGAGAUUUGGACUGAAGAAGAAAUUUUAAAAUUUAAAAUAUUAUAUCAAAAAACAAAAAAUAUUUUAGAAAAACAAGAUGAUGAUAAUCAAAAUUUAGAAGAAAAAAUUAAUUUAUUACAAAAUAAUGAAUUUAAGAAAUCUUUUGAUAAAGGAUGUUGUGAUAAAACUUGUUUACAAACUCAAUGUGAUUAUUCAGUAGCAUUAUUAAGGCAUUUAAAUUUUAAUAAUCUUUCUAAAUCUUUUCAGGAUAUGUAUUUAUUAGGAAAAGCAAUUUGUUUAAAUGCUUUUAAAAUAAUUUAUGGAUUAGGAGAAAAAAGAUGGAAAAAUUUAAGAGAUCAUUUUGUAGAAAAUGAUAUAAAUUUACGAAUCAAUUCAAAAACAGGAAAAAUAGGAAAUAGAACAAUAUCAUUUGAAAUA